GCUUCCCUUCAGUCCUUCCCUCUCAGUGAAACCUAACUCCACAGUACACUCAGGAGACAAUGUGACCCUGCUGUGUCAGUCAACAGACCAGGUGGACACUUUCAUUCUUUCUAAGGAGGGAGCAGCCCAACAACCCCAGCCACUAAAAUCAAAGUUUCAAGUUCAGGAGUUCCAGGCAGAAUUCUCCAUGAGUGCUGUGACCUCUGACAUCUCAGGCACCUACAGGUGCUAUGGUUCUAGGCACUCAUCUUCCUACCUGCUGACACAAGCCAGAGCCCCUGUGGAGCUCACUGUCACAGGUGAGGUGACCCUGAACUCUCAGCGUGACUUACAAUCCAAACCCUAGGAGACCCCUUGACUUGGUUGGGAUUAAGGGGACAAUAGGAAGGUUAGUCAGAAGGCAAUUUCCCUGCCAGAGAAGUGGAAGCCAGAAGCAGUCAUUCUCAUAAUGUCCACUCCAUCCUUUAUUGCAAUCUAGGUUUCAGGUAGACAGCAUGAGGAUCUUGGAGAGGUUACAGGAUAGUGAGCAGAGACAGGCCCCUAGGUUGGCAUCUAACCCUCAUCCCCUCUUGUUCUGUUUCCUAAAACCAAUUGGAGCCACCAGCCCACCACCCUCAAGACCUAUGCCAACAGCUGGACUGGAAGGGUACCUGAAGGCUCUGGUCGGAGUCUCUGUGGCCUUCCUCCUGUUCCUCUUCAUCCUCAUCUUCCUCCUUCUACGACGAAGGCAUCAGGGAAAAUUCAGGAAAGAUGCCCAGAAAGAUACAGAACUGCAACUUCCCACAGGAGCUGUAGAGCCAGUAACCAGAGACAGAAGCUCCCAGAAGAGGUAACUCAUGACCAGAGACAUAGACCCCACCUUCCUGACACACCUCACUGACAACUGACAUCUUCUUGUCUCUCCAGAUGCAAUCCAGCUGCUUCCACCCAGGAAGAAAUCCUUUGUGAGAUAAAGAGGGUCCUGGGGAGGGAGAUGUCUGAGGACUCAGCAUUGCAGGGGUGGUGGAGAGGCUCUGGGGUCUUUGCUAUUUGGGUCUGAACUUCUCACUAUGGACCCUGGAUAUCACAACACUCCCUGAUUCUCUGUCCACACCUGGGGCAAUACAGAAAACUAAGGGUCAGAGUCAUCCCUAGACUCUGGUCAGGAGACAUUCUGUUUGUUCUUCUGACAGACACUUCAGCAGAGGACACACAGCCUGAGGAUGAUGCCAAGCUGGACAGCUGGGUGAGGUUUCUGUCCCUAUCUGCAGUGCUAAGAACUUAGGGCCCAGUUUAGUCCAGGUGAUGCCUUGUUUUGUUCUCCAUCCCUUGGCCAUCAGAAGCAACCACAGCUGACCCUUACCUCUUUUCUGCAAGUAAAACCUACCUCACUCUCUCCUGGUAUUCCCUGGAUCAUGUGUCUCAUCGAUACUAUCCCCUUUCUGGCACCGUGGCAUCUGUCUGAUUGUCUUCUGAGUGGCAGCCUGGAAGGGAAAGCCCACAAAAACAUUUAUGGAACUAGCAGCUGCAGGCAGGAACCAAAGGGAGUGGGCAGAAAUGUGGGGUUUUGUAUUGUGUGUGUGGAUGUUUUACAAGCAUGUAUGUCUCUGCACCACAUGCCUGCAUGGUGUUCCAGGGGCCAGAAGAGAAUGCCAUAUACCCUGGAAUGAGAGUUACAUAUGAAUGCAGGUUGCCUUGUGGGUUCUUGGAAUCAAACCUGGAUCUUCUGUAGUAGAAGCCAUUGCUCUUAACCACAGAGCCAUCUCUCCAGC